UUGAGAGGUUUCAUGUUGAAGAAAAUCAGUGCGUUAGAGGCUGCAGGAGACCUCAACAGUCACCAUGAAGCUGAGCUGUGUCCUCGCGGCUGGGGUCCUCCACUUCUCUCCUACCAUGCUCUGGGCAGUCCAGAUGCUACUGGCAGCUGGAUGUCAUGCUGCUGCCACUUUUGAGAUGCUACAAUGUGAAGGACCGGUCAGGACCCAAGACAGCACCUGUGGUAUCCAGGAGGACUUGACGGACCCAAGGGAAGUUGACUUCCAGGUCAAGGGCUACACUUUCAGUAAACCCUUCCAUCUGAUUGUGUCUUACGACUGGCUGAUCCUCCAAGGUCCAGUCAGCCCUAUAUUUGAAGGAGACCCACUGACUCUACGCUGCCAAGCCUGGCAAGACUGGCCACUGACCCAGGUGACCUUCUACCGAGAUGGCUCAGCAAUGGGUCCUCCUGGACCUAAUAGGGAAUUCUCCAUCGCCGUGGUGCAAGAGGCUGACAGCGGGCACUAUCACUGCAGCGGCAUCUUCAGGAGCCCUGGUCCUGGGAGCUCAGAAACAGCAUCUCCCGUGGCCAUCAAGGUCCAAGAACUGUUUCCAGCCCCACUUCUCAGAGCCACCCCUUCAGCUGAGCCCCAAAAGGGGGACCCGGUGACCCUGAGCUGUCAGACAAAGCUGCCCCUGCAGAGGUCAACCGCCCGGCUCUUCUUCUCCUUCUACAAGGAUAGCAAGACAGUGCGCAGCAGGGGCCUCUCCCCGGAAUUCCAAAUCCCCACAGUUUCAGAGGGACACUCUGGGUCCUACUGGUGUGAAGCAACCACUGAGGACAACCAAGUUUGGAAACAGAGCUCUAAGCUGGAGAUCCGGGUGCAGGGUCCCUCCAGCUCUACUGCACCCCCCACCUUGAAUCCAGUUCCUCAGAAAUCAGCUGUUCCAGAAUCUCCUCCAACUGCUUCCCCUGGACCUCAGCCUCCACUGUCCACCCCUUCUAAGGAUCCAGGCUUCUCUCCUCUGCAGGUGCCAGACCCCCAUCUGUAUCACCAGAUGGGCAUUCUUCUCAAACAAGUGCAGGAUAUGAGAGCUCUCCUUGGUCACCUGGUCAUGGAGCUGAGGGACUUAUCUGUCCUCCUGAAGCUUGAGGCCACAAAGGGUUCUGCCAAAUAUGAGUAAAUAAUUCAUUUGCAGUAUUGCUCAACUACUCCCAAUAAAUUCAAUUUUUUCUACUUUUCCUCUUUCUGUCCUAUACAUAUACAUAAAUACAAAUUGCCCAGUAUUUUAUUAGAGUAACAGAGAUAGGUGAGUAUAAAUAAGUGUGCACAGAGUGAUCCUCAGAAUUUAGCUAUAAUUGUAUAUUCUCUCAUAACAUGACAUAACAAUCCUGAUCUCUCUAGACCAGGCGUUGCCUUCUUUCGCCCAGACCCGAAUCUGGUGACUGAAAGAAAAUCAAUGAGAUGGAUUUAAUGCAGCAUCUCAAUUGGAGGCAAUCCCCCACCCCCACCAAAGGGGACAUUUGGCAAUGUCUAGAGACACUUCUGGUCUUCCCAUUGUGGGGCUGGUGCCAUGGCAUCUAGUGAGUAGAAGCCAAGGACGCUGCUAAGCCUCAGGUAACGUGCUGGACAGCCCCCACGGCAAAGGGCUAUCUGGCCCCAAAUGUCAGUCGUGCUGAGAUCAAGAAACUUCAACCCUGUGGAAGCUAGGUGUUAGCCUCUGGGGUGGACCUUUGCCUCUUCUACUUGCUGCCCCCUCCAGCAUCACUCAACAAGUCUUAAUUACAUGCUGGUAUUUUGUUGGCCUCUACUACGUAUCAGAGUUUGUGCUAUUUUAAGUAUACUCAUAAGAUAGUGUCUCUGUCUAUAGGGGGUUUAGACUUUGGGAUAGAGAAGCAGUAAUACCCUUUUCCAUACAGCAGUGAAAGCGGAUAUGUAAAAAUUUCCCACAGGAUCCUACUAGACUCAGAAAUAUAUGAUCAAACAUAACGUUGCCAAAACAGCAGAUACUGGUUUUAAUACACUUGUCUCUGAAAUAUUUUUCUUUAAAGACAUACCUAAGUCUAUUUUGGUACCAUAAUAAUGUUUUCUUCUAUGUUUGGACAGCUACUGUACAUCCACAGAAAAUGAAAGCUAGCUUGACAGACUCUCCAGUAACCCUUGGUCAAUGAGUUAGCACACCAUUUUAUAAUGACUUCAGCCAAUGAGCAUUCUACCAUGUUAUCCUAAAUCAUGUCGUAUGAUGUUAUCCACCAUAUUCUUUCUUUGUGCCAUUUAUUCUGUACAAUAGUGACCCACAGUGAUUUAAAAAAAAUGUGCAUGUGAUCACUCCAGACAUGCCACAAAGAAACAAAGGAAUAGAAUCAUGCUGGAUAUUAAAAUGUGAGUUUUAUGGUGGUUCCUAGCACUCUCCAAAAUGCAAGUUUUAUGGUGGUUCCUAACAUCUUCAAGGGGAAGGAUCAGGAGGCAGUUGGGAACUGGAAAAGCCCAUAAACAUCUUUGAAGCCAUCUUUGAAGAGGAUCAACUCACAAUUGUGUGAAUGGGAGUUGCAAGAAAUGAUGACCAGAAGUAUUUCAUGACUUUGGUGGAUUUGAAAACAUGGAAGUCAAUUGCCAGGGGACUAUGCUGUAUAUACUUCCAAAGAUAGUGUCUUAGAACCAUACCACGUGGAGUUGAUUUCAGCCAAUGGUACCAUGUUCAUGAAUGCAUCCUGUAGGCUCUCAUGAUGGACAAGGAAUUCAUGCACAGGUACCAAGAGCUAUCAGAGAUCCGGGAAGGAAGUCACGGGUGCAGCUGACUGAGAUAAGUGUCAGCUCUGCACUCCUCAUCCACGUGUCUGUGUGCACCUCUAUCAUCACACUGCAGCUGAAUUUUUUAUUAGCUUAUUUCUACUCACUGGAGGGUAGGCUCUUUGAGAGCUCCUUGAGCUCUUGUGCCACAUUGAUUCUUUGGUGUCUGGUUUAAGGCACAGUUAAGCUCUAACGUUCUGUUUAGUUGAGUUGAGUUUGACCAGCAUAAGGGAUGGUAUCUUGAAGAAAAUGGAAAUUAAGCUGGACCUUAGAGGAUGAAGGGCAUGUCUGGCAUCAGCAAAAUCUCCAGACUCUGUCCAGGGGACCCAGCCUAGUCAAGUACUUGGAAGCCUCAAGGAGAGGAUCUCCUAUUAUCAUGGGUGAGAAAGGCAAGAACAGAGCUGAGAGAAUGGGGCAAGAGGGGUUUUUACUUGUCUCCAUCCCCCCGUCUAGCCUGGGAAGUUUGGGAGGGGGUGGGGAAGAUGAAUUGUUACACUGGGUCGGGUUUAUGGCCUGUGCAGUUUAGGAUUCUGUAAUACACAGAAGUCCCAAUGCAGCCAUGUUAGAUUUUGUCCCUGAAGUCAACAUUUGGUAGCAAGCACAUCCAUUAUCUUGUAAAGUUGAAUCCAAUGCCUGGGUGUUAAUGCCCAAAAUAAAUUUUACUGUAUGUGUAUCAGAAGACAGAUAUAAUAAUGUUCAUAAUAGCACUAUCUGUAAAAGCAAAACUUUGGAAUCAAUUCAAUUGUCCACCAACAGAAAAAUGGAUAAAUUGUGCUAUUUUCACAGAGUGGAAUACUAUACAAUAGUAAAAAUUAGUAAACCACAGCUAAAAUGAAGCUAAAAUGAUAAAAAAUAUCAGGAAUAUAACACUGAGGGGAAAAAGCAAGGCCUAGAAGAUACCACACGAUAUGAUGCCCUUUAUACAAAGUUUAAAAACAAGUACAGGAAUAUAUUGUUUAGGUAUUUACACAUACAUAGGAUAAACCUUUUGAAAAGGCAUGAACAUGGAGACACCAAGGUCAGGAUAGUAGUUACCCUUGAGGGGCUGACUGGGGACACCAUGAGGGAGAAACACAUAUAGAUACAAAUUAUUAGUAAUUUUUAAAAUCUUCUCUAAAUAGGAAUUUAGGCCUCCUUUAAAUAUAUAUAUUUCUCUAAAUUAUCUUCAAAUUCCUGUGUGUUUUCUGCCUUUAUCUUUUCUUGGAGGUAAUAAAAGCCAAGUUCAUUACCUAC